AGCUCCUAGGGCGGUCCCUGCCCCCGGGGACAACCAGGGGGUCCCAGCUGGGCAGGGGAAGGCGGGAGGGCGCUGCCAGUACAAGGGCGCCGCCGCCGAGACUGCCCCCAGCCAGGGUGGGGAAACCACCCGAGCCACAGCCAUCCAGUCAAGUGGGGCUCAGGUGUGCCUGGCGCCUCCCUCUUCGUGCGCCGCUACGCCCAGCGCUGGGGACAGGGCGGGUUCCGCGGUGGGCGGAGGAGGGGAAGCAGCGCCUGGCCCGACCUGGCCGGCGGAGGAAGGGGGCUGGCCGAGAAGGGAGUUUCCUGGCCCAGGCGAGGCGCACAGCAAACAACUCAAGUCCUUGCGAGGAGCCGCACGGCUCGUCUGCCGCUGCGCCCCACCCGCCCCGAACAAAAAGAGGGAAAAGAAAGUAGCCACCGCCUUCCCGCUCGCCACCGCACCGGCAGCAGCAGCCUUGCCCCCUGCUCCUCCGCGGGCGCGCUCAGCCAGCAGCCUCCGCCGCCCCCAGCCACGCCGAGAUGGCCCCCGCCGCAGCCCGCCAGGGGGGCUCGCUCUGCAGAACCGCCUGUCGGCAACUCCUCUUCGGCCUCUUGGUAUUGAGUUUAUUUUGUGAAGCUUGCAAGAAAGUCACUUUUAAUGUUCCUUCUAAAUUAGAGGCUGGAACAUUAGUUGGCAGAGUAAAUCUGAAAGAGUGCCUUAAGUCCACAGAACAUAUCAGUUCAAGCGAUCCUGACUUUAGAAUUCUAGAAGAUGGUUCUGUGUAUACAACAAAUAUCAUUUCUUUAUCUUCUGAAAAAAAGACUUUUACCAUAUUACUCAAGGACAUUCAAAGACAUGAAGAAAAGAAGAUACACGUUAAUUUGCUAGCUCAUCAAAAAAAGACACCUAAGACAAGACAUACUAGAGAUACAGUCCUCAGGCGAACCAAAAGAAGGUGGGCUCCUCUCCCAUCCUCUAUGAUGGAGAACUCUCUUGGACCUUUUCCAAUGCAAAUUCAACAGGUCCAGUCUGACACAGCCCAAAACUACGUCAUUCAUUACACUGCAGCUGGUCCUGGAAUUGAUCAAGAUCCAAAGGGUUUGUUUUAUAUAGAGAGAGAAACUGGGAAUAUUUUUGCUACUGGCCCAGUAGACCGUGAACAGUAUCCAAGCUUUCAGAUAAUUUGCUAUGCAACCACUCCAGAUGGGUAUUCACCAGAGAAACCACUGCCGCAUAUAAUCAAAAUAGAGGAUGAUAAUGAUAACGCCCCAUUCUUUAAACAGGACCUUUUUGAGUUUGUUGUUCCUGAACAUUGCAAUGCUGGUACAGUAGUUGGAAAAGUCAUUGCAGAAGACAGAGAUGAACCUAAUACCCUGCACACUAAGCUGAGAUAUCGAAUUGUAUCAGAACAACUGCCAUUACCCCAAAUGUUUUCUAUUCACCCUGAAUCAGGUGUAAUUACCACACAAAUACAACAACUGGAUAGAGAGAUAAUAAACAGACAUGUAUUGCUAAUUGAAGUACGAGAUAUGGACGGUCAGUCUUUCGGUUUGUGUAAUACGGGAACAGUUGUCAUUAACGUUGGAGAUAUAAAUGACAAUGCCCCAUAUUUUGGCCAUUCAUUUUAUGAAACAAAAGUACUGGAAAACCGAGUGAAUGUGGAAAUACUGAGAAUUCCUUGUUUGGACAAGGAUGAGCCUAACUCACCUGCCUGGAACUGUAGAUUCAGCAUUGUAAAAGGAAAUGAAGAUAAUAAUUUCGCUAUUACAACAGAUGGAAGAACAAAUGAAGGGGUAUUAUGUGUUGUUAAGGGAUUGGACUACGAAACCACCAGUCUGAGGAUACUUGAGAUUGCUGCAUCUAAUGAGAUACCUUAUGCAGUAGUACCAUAUUCAAGUUCACUUUCCCAGAGCAGCUGUACUGUUAGAGUUACCAUACUAGAUGAUGAUGAGGGACCAGUAUUCAGACCUUGUUUGUUUCCUAUAACGAUUGACGGAUGCAUGACAGUUGGAACAGUGGUUGGCAAAUACCUAGCAGAGGAUCCAGAAACAGGAAAUAGUGAAGGCAUACGCUAUCGGAUAGCACCUGGCCAAAGCAACUGGAUCACCAUUGAUGAAAACUCGGGCGAGCUCAGAACUGCUAAAUUUUUUGACAAAGAUAUGGCAGGCAGGCAGUGCAAUAUUACAGUCAUUGCAGUAGACCAGAGUGGUAAAACAGGUACUGGAACAGUGUUGGCCAAUGUAGGUGCUUGCAGCAGAUAUUCUUACCCCACCGUGACUCCAAAAGACUUUACAAUGUGCAGAGACCGAAAACCAGUUUAUAUUACUGCAGUCACUUCUAAUGAGUCUCCCUAUUCUGCACCUUUCAGAUUUGAUAUUUCUGACAGGAGUAUGGGUUCAGGAUGGCAAACAACACAACAAGAUGAUAGAUCUAUAUUACUUUCACCAAGGACUGAUAUUCCAUUUGGAAUAUAUAAAAUUCCUAUCAAUGUGAGGGAUAAUGCCGGAAGACUAGGAACAACUAUGGUUACAGUUAAUUAUUGUGAUUGUACUACUCCAAGUGAUUGUGGUAUUGUCCGACAAAGUUCAUCAGCUAUUACUCUUGGUGUAUGGGCCAUCCUUGCAAUGAUUCUGGGAUCACUAUUACUGCUAUUAAUCCUGAUUACACUAUGUGGCUGUUAUGGCACGGGGGCAGUGAGUAAACAUGUGCCUGAUGAUUUAGCUAAUCAGAACUUAAUUAUAUCAAACACAGAAGCACCAGGAGAAGAGGUGAUGGAUCCAAAUAUCAUUCCUCUACAAGCUGCAACUGUAAAUUCUUGUGAUCAAGGGGUUGGCAUGGGCACAAUAGGACAUGAAGUAAAAACUGGGGGACAGAGUUUUGAAAUGUCCAAAGGAGGACAUCAGACCCUGGAAUCAGUCAGGGGAUAUGGACAGUCCACGGUGGAACAAGGCAGAUACUCAUACUCAGAAUGGCAGAAUUUCAUGCAUUCUCGUCUAGGUGAAAAGGUGUAUAUGUGCAGACAGGAUGAAGAAAAUAAGCAUUCUGAAGACUAUGUCCUUCCAUAUAACUAUGAAGGAAGAGGAUCAUUGGCUGGUUCUGUAGGCUGCUGUAGUGAUCAGCAAGAAGUGGAAGUGCUUGACUUUUUAGAUCAGCUGGAACCCAAGUUUAGGACAUUAGCAGAAACAUGUGUAAAGAGAUAAGUGUGCCUAUCAGAGUACUGAAAUCUGUAAAUAAAUGGUAUUGUCGUGCUUUUCAGAGGCUAGAUAUUUUUAAACUUGAAUGUAUUCUGUAUUUUUUUUUCUUGCUAAGGGAAGUGGUUUACAAAAUAUAUUUAGGGUUGUUAUAAGGAUGUAAAUCCUGCAUUAAUUCUGCAGUACAUAAUAAUUUUUGGCCUGUACUCAUUACCUAUGCUUUAAAGUUUAUAUCUUAGGUGUUUCUUUUAAAAUGAUGUGAAUACAAUAAUAUUGCAUUCUACUUAGCAUUAUAUUUUCUAUUGUGUUUACUUUUAAUACAAGACUUUAGUGUAUUCCUUAUUUUAAGUAUUCACCUUCAAAUUUUUCAUUUUAUUUGGCUUGAGAGGUGAAAAGCUUUAUUUCAUUCAUCUUUUCUCUUCAUAGGAAAAAUAGUAUAUCAAAAUAACUUGUUUUAAUGUAUUACCUGUACAAAUUGAGAUCCAAGACUUUUUAAUUUUACAAGUAAAAUUUCAGACUAAGAUACUAGAGGAUUACGUUGGAAAAAACUUCGGAUGGAAAACAAAAAUGAAAAACUAGUAUGUAGUGUAUAUAUGUAACAAUGUUCAAAAGUAUAUUUCCUCCUAUUGGACUAGUGCCCACCAAAUGUACUAUCCCAGGGGAUGUAGAUAAGUAUUGUAUGUAAGCACUUUAAGUAAUACACUUGGAGAACAUGAGUUCAGGAUAUAGGGAUAACUAUUGUACUGCACUUGCAUUACAAUAGACCCCAUAUCUUGAACUCGUGACCGCCAGAAGUAUUACUUAUCGUGUUCUAGAUAUAAUUUGAACCUCAGCUGUUUGUGAGCUUUAGUAUAACCACAUCAGAGAUGGGGAAUACUGCUAAAGUUUUAUACAAUGUGGCUACUCAUGCCUACUGUAAAAUUCAGGUUAGGUGUGUGUCGCUGGAGGUGAGGGGGAAAAAAGGACCCCAAGGCAAAGGAGGCAGUGACAACUUGAUUUAUAAUCAUAUUGUGGAAUCAGUCAUUUAUUUCUGUGAGCAGAAGUGACACAAAAUAUAGCAUAAAACUGGACACAGACAGCAUUGAUAAUUUAAAAAAAAAAUCAAGUAUGAUUCCCACUGUUAUGGACAGUAAAUAUCCUACUAUUUAUUAAUAUGACGAGUUGUAACUUACUCACAGGUACAAAUAUAGACAGAUCCCGAAGGAAAAUUAACAAAUAUAUUGCUCAAGCAUAAUUAAAGUUAACCUAUUACGAUACUUUAACACUGUACUGUAUAUAAGAUUGUGACCUCAUGAUUGUGAUAGUAAGAUAUAAACCACCAAUUCCUGAAUUGAGUAAGUCUUCAGCUGGUUAAUAUUUUCUAUCCUGGGUAAAUUAUUCAUCUUUGAUGUGCUCCCAAGAUUCUUUUGUGCAUUAAAUAAAUUUCCCUUGUAUUAUAAAAAAAAGAGAAACUUAAGGUUUGUGUUUUUUUGUCUUUUAAAUGCUGCUUUUAGGAGUUGCUCUGUAAACACAUGCCUUAGGAUGGAAAUAGUUUUUAACCUGUAUAUAUGAUUUUUUUUAAAACAAGUUAUCCAUGACAAUAAAGGGUCAUGUUGCUCAAUGGAGAACUGCCAUUGAUGACAAUGAGAAUUCCACACAUGACUACAAGUCAAUGCAAAACCCUAAUUGUCUGAAAAACUGCAAAAGGUAGAUACAAAGCUUUACACUUUAAGUAACAUUUUAUCUAUCAGACUGUAAGUAGACUUCAGAAUAUUUCUAAUAAGAUCUAAUUGUGAUAAAUAGUCUUCACAAGGAUGAAAAUGUUAAAGGUAUUCUAGAUUAUCAGUAGGCUGUUUGGCAGUGGAGCUGAAUUUACCCUGAGCAACGUUAACUGCCAACACUAAAGGCAAGACCGUCACUGAGAUCAAAGAUUUUAAUAAGAUCCAAGGUAUUCUGAACUAGUCUUGUUACAGUAAAAGUAAAUCCUGAUGGCAUUGCUACUCACCCACACCAGUGAGUUUCUUUGUAUGUUAAGGGCCAGGUCCUCAGCCAGUGUAAAUUGGCAUACCUCCAUUGAUGCAAAUGGAGCUAUGCUGACCUCACACCAACUGAAGAUGAGGCCCUAAGGAACUUAUUAUUAGUUUCUCUGUUUUCAUAUACAAUAUCUUCAAUGUUAGGUGUAGAUAUUUUAAGAUGACUUGAUUUCCUCUUCCCUUUAGACUUCUUAUUAUUAUUAUUAUUUUUUUAGCUAUAAGAAAGCCUUUGACUCAUGAGGGUCCAUGGUAAAUGUAACCACAAACAAAAAAACCAACACACCAGUCUUUUAUAAACACUGAAUAUAAAAAGUAAAAUUCCAGAGCUAUGUUUUCAUUAUUCAAGAAGACACCAGAGUAGUACUCUGUUUAAAAAUUAGGGCCAAAAAAAUUCAUCCUUGGUGUGACUUAAUUGAAUGUAUUGGAGCCAAAAGCAUGUUACCAAUCUAAUUUACAUUCACCAUUUAUCCUGUUUGAUUAUUUUGUACAUUUUACUCAGCUUGGACAAUUCAAAUAAAAUGAGUCAGUUUCACUUGUACAUUGCUGCAUGCAUUGCUUGAAUAGCAGGUGAAUGUUUAAAUCCAAAUAAACCAUUUUCCUUUAACUUUACUAUUCAUUUUUGUAAAGUAUUUUUGUUACUACCAAGCCUAAAUGUGGUGCCAUAGCUACCUGGUAGUGUUCCUGUUAAAUUUGGUAAUCUUAUGCUAAAAAAGGUAAUAGCCUACACUAGGAAAAUAAUUUUAAAAUAGAUUGUCUAAUCGAAUUUGUAUAAACCGUAAAACUUAUAAAUCUUAAAACAAAAACUUAACUAUAAAAAAAUUGCACUAAGCACACAGUAUUUGAAAAUGUAUACUUCACUGAUUGUUACGGUCUUGGAUGACUUGUUCUCUCCAACUAGGUAAUUUCAAAAACUGUCUAGUUGUGUAAACAUUAUCUUGUUUAAUGUCGUCAUUUUUAAAAAUAUUUUGUACAACAGUGAGUAAUAAAAUGGAUUUUUGGAAAAUAAAAGGACUGCAAAAGUAGUUCAUUUCUUGUAUACUAGAAAAAGAAUAGAUGUAGACCUGAAUCUAUGCAGUAUCAAUUAAAAUAUGCACUGUUACAAGU